GAUUUGCAUAAACUGGCCAGCAGUUUCUACAUUUAUCUUACACACAAUUCAUGAAUUGUGUAUAUUAUUCCAAAAAAGACAAAAGAUACAAAUCCAAAGUUUUUCUAUUUUUUGGUCAGAGUUGCCAGAGGCGUCGACGACGCAAUGGCAACCUUCAGAAAAAAAGUUGGUGAUUUUAUUUUGUUUCGUGUACAUCCGCAUGGCUUUCGGGUUCUUCGCCAUAGGGAGAAGUGUGGAUGACUGGGCAAACACGAUUUCUUCCAAGGCCAUUUCUUUUUCUUUUUUUAUUCCUUUGUUUCCUUUCGACGUUGACGUUUAACCUUCGACUUGAAGCAAUCAAAAGAGAUCGUUACAAGGAAGGAGAAUAAAUCAGGUACAAAUGAUGAUGAUGACCAUAUUUUAUCACAGUUGCCUUCGAAACUUUUACGCCGUCUGUUCGACGUAAAUGGCGUCCAUUAAACCCAUUAACUCAAUUGAUUGCAACGUUGGAACAUCUUAGUAGCGAUUUCUUCGAAUUUUUCCACCAGCUCAAGCGCUAAUUAUUUUCAACGGCCUUGAAAUUAACUAUGGCUCAAUCGUAUUGGGAAUGGCUGAUUUUGAUUAGGUAUAUAGCCAUCAUUUUAAAUACGGGAGGUGUUAUGUGGUGGUGUAUACAGCCUUGCUCACGAUUUUCGUCGGCAACAUAGGGUAAGGGUAGCAAAAUCAAUACGAGAUGUAAUAAAGUACGUUGUGGAAUUUAUGUUUCCAACCGUAAGAUAGUAAACGUAAUAAAUUGUUUAAAUUCUCAUUUAAAAUCCAACAGUGUGAGGUUUUUAUUCGUCCACACGUCAACUCGCAUGUUAAACCAAUUUAUUCUGUUGAAAUAUUGCAUUAUUAGACAAUAUGCCCUUUUUUGGCUUGUAUGUAUUUGUUUAUCUAUUUACAAAACGUUUUCUUAGCCACUACAACACGUGCUGUUUCGACCGUUUCGUCAACAUGGAAACUGAUUUGAAUUUCUGAAUUCGUCUCUCUAUAAAUCCUCGUCGAACUGGAAUGAUUGACCGAAUAAUACGAGAACAAGUUCAUACACAUGCUCAACCAGCAGCAAGCUCCCACCAGUUAAAACUGGCCUUUGGCAUGAAUGCUUAUUUUUCUCAAAAUAGUUUUCCUCUCGUCGAUCCAGACUUUUCUCUUAUUAUUCAGAGUUUCAUCUAGCCGUUCUUUUGUGGCAAACAAAGGCUUGCAUUGCUAUAAAUAAAUCUCUCUGCCAAGUGGUCUAUUUCCAUCAACACGUCGAUUGUGUCAUUUUUUCCGAUUUUAUGUCCAUUUCAGGUUUUAGUAAUUGGUUUUUUUUAAUUCAUUUUGAAUUUCGGAUGAGGAAAGUAUAAAUUCAUGAAAUUGAACUGCGGUAUUCUGAAGGUUCGAAAUUUCUACCACUAGGUGUCAUCACCAGAAUAGCGUCAAAAAAUACCCGAGUAAAAUGCAAAAAUGCGGAAGCGGAAUUGGGAGUAGCCUAAUAGGCUACUACUUAUUUACCAAUUUGUUGUAAUCAGGUGUGCAUAAUUAUUUUCAUUUCACGACGCACUAGUCAAAUUACGUCUGCCAUCCUUGAUGUAAAAUUUGGCUUGAAGCAGCGCGAAAAACAUGUUAAACAGCUUUCCGUGGGAGUUGAAGAGCUGGGAAAGUGAAUGCGAAUGAAUUAAAUUUCCCAUGAUAGGACUGGCAUAAUGAUAUUUUUUUUAUUGUAAAAACUGGAACAAAUUGUGAACGACACCAGCAAAAUACGGAUCAUACAUUCGAAAUUAACAGGAAAAUGUAGGACAAUUUAAAGGAGAUUCGGAAGUGAUGGGUUUUUCUUUAUUUUUGUAAAAAGAACGCAUUUGCGCUCUGGGGUGGGUUUUUUCAAAUUAUUGUGUAAUUAGGUGACAUCUUUCACGAAAAGAAAAAAGACUGACGUAAAAUAACCAUUGUGCCAUGCAAUUCCACAUUUUAUCCACUGAUGUCUGCAUUUGAAUUCCCGCACUUUACCUACAGCGAUAUAUCGUCUGUUGUCAUUCUGCCAAUGGUUUCAAAUUUGUGAUCGAUUAAGCGUAGUUUUUCGUACAGGGAAUUUAUACUUAACAAUCAUUUCUUAAGUUUCGAUUUGCAAAAAUGGCAAACCAAAAUCCCUUUUCCGCCAUUGAACUUUUCACGUCUGCACUAAGGAGUAACAUAAUUCCCAAUCAAGAAUACUUACUGCAGGGAAGUGUUAUCGACUCGUCAGCUGAAGUUCUACACAACCGAUUGCGUGGAUUGUGUGAUGCUGCGGAGACUGGGCCAGAAACAUUUCACGAUCAUGAAAUGUGUUUCAGUUUAAAAGCCAGCAAUCCAGGAGGUACUCCCCAACAGCAGCAGCCAUUCUUGCUACGAGUUCGGAGAGCUUUGGAUCACCCAGAGUAUCCAUGGCAAUUAAGAUAUUUGGGACAACCUGAACUUGGUGACAAGAAUCAGCCCACUGUUCUGAGAAGUUGCAUAGACAUUGCCUGUACCCCCAAUGUUGUGGAGUUUUUGUCCGAACUUGGUUGCCGGAUUGAAUUCGAAUACGUUCUAAAAGGAUAUCUAUUUAGGAAGGGUCGAAUGAAGGUGACCAUGUCGAAAAUAUUCCGGAUGGGUCAAGCCAAAUCGCCCGACAGUCUAGAAUCAGUGACCGGAAGUUACCUAGUAGAACUUUCUCUUUUGGCCCCAAGUGGACAGGAUGCCGUUGCUGAUGAAAUUAAAGUGUUUGCCGAACAACUCAGACCAUUAGUCCAUCUAGAAAAAAUCGACUACAGAAGAUUGCAGCAACCGUUUACAUAAGCUAAAAUGAAAAAAAAAACGUCUUUGGGGGGUUUAUUAUCUGAAAAUGAUUUAUGAAUACGACGAUGUGUUUCAGUAAUUACCGCCGUAUCUAAUUCCUUUAAUAAAUUCGAUUUAAGUCCGGCCGUAAA